AUCAGUUGGCCCUUUCGCGCACUCCAAAUCAUAUUUCUUCUUCUUCAUCAUCAAUUCUCUUUCUCUCUCCUCAGUUAGACAUGGCGGAACGGAGCCGAAACGACGCCGCUUCGUCGUCGCUCUCCGAUGUGGGGAUUCCGACCGGAUUGAACCGGAUCAAGACUCGAAGAGUGACCCCGAAUUCGGCGGAUGAGGAUUCCGACCAGUUUAACGAGUCGCCGAGCAGUGGGUUUUCGACGGCGGCAGCUCAUGUGAAGCAGAAGAUCAAGGCUUUGAGUAAAGGACAUGUCAAAUUCGGUCGUUCUAGAGAAGGAUUCCGCAAAGGAAGAAAGAUAGCUCGGUGGUUUUCUUCAUCCCUUUUUAAGGACUCUGAUCAACCUGUGGUUGAUGCCACAAGGAAUAAGAGUAGUAAGUUGGAGUUCAACAUGCCUAGUAAGGAGGACCCUAGAAGAAAGCUGCGUAAGACAUGGAUAAACAAAACUGGGGAUUUACCAAAUGCCACAACUACUAAAGUGCCAAAAUGUAUAAAGAGUUUUUCUCAUGAAUUGGGACCGAAAGGUGGAGUUCAGUCCCCUAAUCCUAGGGCUCACAGCUUUAAUGAUUUGAAGGAGCUCCUGGGAUCACUUCGUUCUAGAUUCGAUGCUGCUAAGAAAGUCAUGAAUAUUGAGCUUGGUUCUUUUUCACGGGAGGUGCUAGAAAUUUUACAGAAAGUGGAGAUCUUAACACCAGAUGAAUAUAAAAUGGCAGAAGAGCUUUUUGUUCUUGCGCAACAAUGCAUUGACAUGACAUCCUUAGACUUCCGUACAAAAUGUGAAAAAAUUGUUCAAGAUUUGACUGCAAAAAGACAGACAUGCCAAUUUGAGUUGCUGAAAUUGCUGUUCACUCGCAUCUUGUUCAUAAUGACAAGGUGCACAAGGUUGCUGCACUUUGAGAAGGAUAGUUGGCCUGCGAAUGAGCAAUCAAUCGGCAAGUUCAGAGAAUGUUUAGAAAGGGUCCCUUCUGUUGACAUGAACUGGGUUGAAAAUAAGGGAUUUGCAGAGUCUGAAAUGAGUGAUGAUUUGCGACCCAAAGAUCAUACCAACCAGAAGUUACCCACAAAAGAGCAUACAUUGGAUACUACUUCUGAGAUUGAGAUAACAACUACGGAACCAUCAGACAAGUAUGAUCCAGAAGUGAUAAAAGAUAGCAUGUUAGUUCAGCAAAAAAUAUCUCAAAAUACAUGUGCUGAUAUAUGUGACGGUGAGCAUACGGAUGGCAUGUUUCAGAUAGAAUCCGUGAACAUGGUGAAAGGCAAUUGCUCAGAUGAGUCAAAUUUAGUGAUUUGCCGGAUAUGUGAAGAACUGGUUCCUGCCACUCAUUUGGAGCCACAUUCUUUUAUCUGUGCUUUUGCAGAUAAAUGCGUUUCUAAGCAUUCAGAUGUGAAUGAACAUCUCCUGAAAAUCGCUGAGUUACUCGAACACCUGUUAGAGUUACGCAAUUCAAGCAAUCAUGAAACAUGUGUAAACCCUGAGAUCUUGAGGGUGAGGACUACUAGUUCCGCAGUAACCACAGAAGGUUACUCACCAAAGGGAAGUGAGAGUCGAAGUAAGGGAAUGGAUGGACUGUUAGAGGAUCUCCAUGAGAUGGACACUGCCUGCAUUGAAGAUUCUCAAAUUGCAAACUUGGUAAACCUAAAGAGUCACUUGCUAAAUAAGGUAAACCAGUAUGGAUCACCAUCCUCUAAUGGAAGCAUGACAUCUACAUCAUCUGCAAAUAGUCCCAGGGCUGGAAAUCUCGACGUCUUGUGGUUAGAUCAAAACAAUCUGUCAGAGCAGGAGGACAUGCAACAGAUAAAUGACCUUGCUGACAUUGCACGCUGCGCGGCAGAGAUUGAUAUUUCAGAAGUAGGAUCCCAUGAGUUUUUAAUAGCUUGUAUGCAUGACCUGCAAGAGCUUUUGCAGCAUAGCAAGUAUGCUGCUCUUCUAGUGGAUACAUUUGGUGGCCGGAUUGAAAGCCUUUUGAGAGAGAAAUGUAUAUUUGCUUGCAAUCAAGUGGACAUAACUGAUGAUGGUGGACGUCCAGAAAGUGCCAGAUCUUUGCUUGAUAGUGCAUCUCAGAGUAGUACAACAUCAACUCCUUCACAUCCUGCGCAUAAAGAUCGUACAAGUAUUGAUGACUUUGAUAUUAUUAAACCAAUCAGCAGAGGAGCCUAUGGGAAAGUCUUUCUGGCUAGGAAGCGAACAACAGGUGACCUAUUUGCAAUUAAGGUGCUGAAGAAAAUAGAUAUGCUGAGGAAGAAUGAUAUUGAUCGCAUAUUGGCCGAGCGUAACAUAUUAAUCACAGUGCGAAACCCAUUCGUGGUUAGAUUUUUUUACUCAUUUACCAGUAGAGAUAAACUUUAUUUGGUCAUGGAAUAUCUCAACGGCGGAGAUUUAUAUUCUAUGCUGAAAAAGCUUGUUUGCCUUGAAGAAGCUGUUGCUCGUACCUACCUUGCGGAAUUGGUGCUAGCCUUGGAAUAUCUUCAUUCUCUUGGGAUAGUGCAUCGUGAUCUAAAACCAGACAACAUACUAAUAGCCCAUGAUGGGCAUAUCAAGCUUACCGACUUUGGAUUGUCAAAAAUUGGUCUCAUGAAUUGCACCACUGAACUACCCACGCAAGAUACAGAAAAAAAUGAUGCUUUAGAUUCAAAUGGUCACAUGGAUGCCGACAUAGUGGACAGUCACCAUUCAGCUGUUGGCACCCCGGAUUACUUGGCUCCUGAAAUUCUUCUUGGAACAGAACAUGGUUAUGCUGCAGAUUGGUGGUCAGUGGGAAUUAUAUUAUUUGAAUUAAUAACUGGAGUCCCACCCUUUAAUGCUGAUCACCCAGAGAAUAUUUUUGACAACAUUCUUAGCAGAAAAAUCCCCUGGCCAUCAAUUCCAAGUGAUAUGUCUUAUGAGGCCCAAGAUCUGAUUGACAGGCUUCUUGUUCAUGAUCCAAAUGAGCGACUUGGGGCAAGGGGAGCAUCAGAGGUGAAAGCACAUUCCUUCUUUGCUGGAGUGGACUGGGAUAACCUUACCUUACAAAAGGCUGCAUUUGUACCACAACCAGAGCGUAUGGAUGAUACGAGUUACUUUGUAUCACGAUAUAAUUCAACUGGAAUGGAGAUUGAUGAAACUUCUGUGGACUCUGAUUCCGAUUGCUCUGAAGUGCACACAAAUUCCAAAUUAGAGAAGAUGGAUGAAUGCGGAGAUCUAGCAGAGUUUGAUUCUUCACCUCUUGAUCUAUCAUUGAUAAAUUUCUCUUUCAAGAAUUUGUCGCAGCUGGCCUCAAUAAAUCAGGAUGUACUCCUACAGAGUGGGAAGGAGUCAUCAAAGUGUUCGUCCCCAUGCAGAGGUUCAAAACCGCCUCCCGCUUGAUUUUUCAAUAUGGUUCGAGUCCAAUUGGAAGUAGCAGAUAUAUGUAGAAAAGAAAAGUUGUUGUUAGUUGAAGUAGAGAAGAGGGAUGCGAUGUUAGUAUUUUAGCUGUAUAUAGUCAAUCCAUUUCACAUCUUUUUAUUUCUGCAUCCUCCCGUCUCUUGUAUGAAACAGAAACUUCUGUUCAUAAUUAAUCAUUUUCAACUUAUUUUA